UUAUCAUCGUCAUCGUCGUCGUCGUCGUAGUCGAAUCAUCGUUAUAGUCAUCAAACCUCUCUUUCCCUCCUCUCUGUAUCGGUGUCCGCGCCAACGUCACAAUUCCAGAACCUAAACCCAACCUGAACGAAGUAGGGAAAUAGAGGCAAGGAAGCAAUGAAGGGCAAACAACGAGACGCAGAAGCAGGCAGACAGACCAGGCAAACCAGAGCAAAAGGUGAAAGACGCAAGUCAAGACACCGGUAUCUUUUUUUGUCAACUCUCUUUUUUUCCCUUUGUUUUUGCCAAAGUCAAGGUCAGAUGGUGCCCCGUCCGUCAACCCUACCAGCCGUGCCGUUGGUGUUGCCGCUGCCAUUGACGUCGACGCCGCCGUUAAACUCCUUUUCCUUUGUCUCUUCCUUCUCCUUCUCCUCAACCUUUUCCUCUUUCUUCCCCUCUUUCUCUUCUUCACCCUCCUUCGGCUUCAGCGCCCCGUACUUCGACCUGGAAUGCCACGCCUUCUCAAGGAACGAAAAUGAUGGCGUCGACCCAAGGACGGGCGUCACCUCGCCGCUGCUGCAAACGUCGUACUUUUCGACACCGUACUUGCUCUUCAGCUCAAUAUCCUCUUCCAUGUCAAACAGCAGAGUCUCCUGGCGGCGCGGGCAGUUGGGGGGGUGUGCGAACAAGGAAACGCUGCGGUUGCGGGUUAUGCGGCUGUGGGUGCGGUUGUGCGGGUGAGGGCGGGUGGUGGUGGUGGCGGUGUGUAUGCAGAUGGGAGACGGCGGCCUAAAGGACCGGGGGAUCGGGGGCUCCAGAGACGAAGAUGAAACAGCUCGGACCCGGGCCUACAGGGUGCCGUAGCGCUCAAUGAUGCGAGCGACGCGCUCAGCGAGCUCGUUGGCCUCGGAGCGCGUAGCCGCCUCGGCAUAGACGCGGCAGGCGUUCUCGGUGCCGCUGGCGCGG